ACACCGAGCCCACAUCUGCUCCAGAUCUCCCCGACUGGAGGCCAACUACCAAAUCUUUGCACAAAUUGUACACAAUGCAAGAUUUGAUAGGAACAGGAAGCUUCGGCAAGGUGUAUAAGGCAAUCCGAAAAUCCGAUGGUCGAGAGGUUGCCAUCAAAACAACGCGGAAAUGGAACAACAGCUGUUCUCUUCAAAUACCUGGUUGUUCCAGACGUCUGGCUACAGAAGUGGGGCUGAUGCUGAUGUUGAGACGUCCUCCAGUGUGCCCCUACAUCAUAGAAAUGUACGAGUGGUUCGAUCGGCCCCUGGUCUUCUCGCUCGUUCUGGAGUUCCCUCAACCCUGCGUGACCUUGCGAGAGUUCAUCAUGGAUUCGUCAGGACUGAGUGAAGCGGUCGCGCGUGGCUUCAUGCGUCAGUUAGUCCUGGCGGUGCAGCACUGCAUAAACCACGGCGUGUUUCAUAAUGACGUCCAUGCUGACAACGUCCUGGUGAACACCGACACUCUGGAGCUGAAGCUGAUUGACUUCGGCUCCGGUCACCUGCUUGACAGCGCUGGCUAUGACAGCCUCAAAUAUAUAGGAGCAUUCCUGUUCUGCCCACCAGAGGUCUUCUCCAAACCCAAAUACUACGCCGUCCCAACAAACGUCUGGACUCUAGGUGUGACGCUGUACAUGAUGGUCAACAUAAAGCUGCCUUUUUCAAGUGUCAAGCAAAUAUUGAAAGCCUGUCCUUUCCCUUGGAAAGCUGACCUAUCCAGCGCAUGCAGUGAUCUGAUCCACCAGUGUCUGGAGCGCAGUCCAGCGAAGCGGCCCACGUUAGAGCAGAUCUUACAGCACCAAUGGUUUGAAAGUCAGCUCUAGGAUGAAGACAGGCGUGGGAUCCUUCUGUCCUCUGGGUCAGACGAAGAGAAGAUCUGCAAUUGUUCUCAUUAGAGGUCAAGUACUGUUGUAUUUUUCAUUUCUGAAUUAU